AUGGAGUCCUCAGGCUUCUCAGAGUCCACCACCACUUUUGAUUAUGAUCUUUAUAGCCUUGAAUGUGAGAACAAGACCUUUGUCUUUGCCACCUUCACUGCCACCAUCCUGUACUCCUUGGUGUUUCUCCUCAGCCUGGUAGGCAACAGCCUGGUGCUGUGGGUCCUGGUGAAGUAUGAGAGCCUGGAGUCCCUGACCAACAUCUUCAUCCUCAACCUGUGCCUCUCAGACCUGAUGUUCUCUUGCUUGCUGCCGGUGUGGAUCUCAGCCUUCCACUGGGGCUGGGUGCUGGGGGACUUCCUCUGCAAGCUCCUCAGCAUGAUCUUCUCCAUCAGCCUCUAUAGCAGUAUCUUCUUCCUGACCGUCAUGACCAUCCACCGCUACCUGUCUGUGGUGAGCCCCCUCUCCACCUUGCGUGUGCCCACCCUCCGCUGCCGUGUGCUCAUGACUACAGCUGUGUGGGCAGCCAGCAUCCUGUCCUCCAUCCCCGAUGCCAUCUUCCACCAGGUGCUUCCCGGGGGCUGUAAGUACUUUGAGCUCAAGGCGUUCCUUGCCUCAGUCUACCAGCACAAUACCUUCUUCCUGCUCUCAGUAGGGAUCAUCCUGUUCUGCUAUGUGGAGAUUCUCAGGAAACUGGUCCGCUCCCGCUCCAGGCGACGCCACCGCACAAUCAGGCUCAUCCUCACUAUUGUGACUGUGUACUUCCUCAGCUGGGCCCCCUACAACCUCCUCCUGUUUCUGCAGACACUGCUGAAGUCUAGGGUCAUCCAGAGCUGCGAGACCCACCAGCGGCUGGAGUAUGCCCUGGCCAUCUGCCAAAAGAUCGCCUACUCCCACUGCUGCUUCAACCCGGUGCUCUACGUCUUUGUGGGGGUCAAGUUCCGCACGCACCUCAAAAAUCUUCUCCUCCGUCUUUGGUCCGGCCGGCCACAGGCACCCGGCCCUGCCCCAUGCCUCCAUUCCCCUGGAGCCUUCACCUACGAGGGUGCCUCCUUCUUCUGA